AUCCAAACGUGUUCGAUAUACACAUUGACAGAAAAAAACCUUUAUAAGCGACUGGAUCAUCUAGGAUGGAUAUCAGUUUGAAAAGUGACUCCAAUCGAGUAACAACUUAUCCUUUCUAUCUCUGAAAUUUGAUACAGAAAAACAAACCAAUCAACAUGUCUUUGCAACGUCAAGUAGCAGCUAAGAUGGCUAGCAAACGUGAUCCAGUUCAAGACAAAGAAGCUCAAGAAUGGAUUGAAGCCAUCCUUGGAUGGAAAUUCCCGGCAGGUCAAUCCUACGAAGAUACCCUCAAGGACGGUGUUGUCUGCUGCAAAUUGAUCAACAAAAUUAAGCCAGGAUCAGUAGCUAAAAUCAAUGAAGGCGGUGCCACAUUCAAAUUGAUGGAAAACGUCCAAAACUUCCAAAAAGCAUUGAAAGCCUACGGUGUCCCAGACAUUGAUGUCUUCCAAACAGUCGACCUCUUCGAAAAGAAAGACAUUGCAGGAGUUACAAACACAUUCUUCGCCCUUGGCCGUGCUGUAUGGAAAGAUCCUAAAUGGAAUGGACCGAAAUUGGGACCAAAACCAGCCGAUGCCAACGAACGUGAAUUCACCGAAGAACAAUUGAAAGCUGGAGAAACCAUCGUCGGUCUCCAAGCCGGUCAAAACAAAGGUGCCACUCAAGCUGGACAAAAUAUUGGCGCUGGACGUAAAAUCUUGCUCGGCAAAUAAGCUAUAUCCAUCACAUAUACUCAACAAUGAAAGAAGCGACAACUAUAUCACAACAAAGCUGAACAGUCCCAGCAUUUUCAAAAAAAAUUCAAAGCGAUUGUUGUUUUUUUAUUACUAUGUAUUCGUAUAUAUAUUUAUAUUUAAUCAUAUGACUUUUGUAAUAAAGUAUCAAUCACACUGGUCAAGUAAA